GGAAGGCCAGAAGAGUCGGUAGCAGUGAUUGUUAGUAUUUUAUCGAGACGACUUCAAUGGCGUCCCCCCUCCUCCUCCUCCUCGUCAUGACCUCAUCAUCACCGUCAUCAUCUCCUCCUUCCACCGCUCGUCAACCACCGCGCCGUUCCUGAGUCCCUCCCCUACCGACCUCUCCGAUUCCGGCGACCGCCGGAGGUUCCCGUCCCGUUCGCCUCGCUCUUGCUGCUCGGAAUCCUAGGGUUCGUUCCCGCCUCCAGAUCCGUCGAUGCUCGGGCUCGGCGUCGGCGUCGUCGUCGUCGUCGGCUCCUUGGUCUCCCUUCUGCGACGAUCGGGGAAUGGCGCUUCCUAGUUUCGCGGAUACCGUUACAACUUGCUCCCAGGCAACUGUGGCAUUGAAUCUUCUCCGAGAGAAGAAAGGCUGUUUUGACAUUGUUUUAAGUGAUGUUCACAUGCCCGAUAUGGAUGGUUUUAAACUCCUCGAACAUGUUGGGCUCGAGAUGGACCUUCCUGUUAUUAUGAUGUCUGCUGAUGGAAGCACGAAUGCUGUUAUGAAAGGAAUCAGACACGGAGCAUGUGAUUAUCUUAUAAAACCUAUUCGCCCUGAAGAGCUUCAGAAUAUAUGGCAACAUGUUGUUAGGAAAAAAUGGAAUGGAAAUAAGGAGAUUGAACAUUCAGGAAGCCUAGAAGAUAAUGAUCGGCAUAAGCGAGGAAGUGAUGAUGCUGAUGGUUCUGCUGUUAAUGAAGGGGUGGAAGGCUUGUUGAAAUCCCAGAAAAAGCGCAGCAUUGCUAAAGAAGAAGAUGAUCCUGAAUUGGAUAGUGACGAUCCUUCUACAUCAAAGAAACCACGUGUAGUGUGGUCGGUGGAGCUCCAUCAACAAUUUGUCAGUGCUGUAAACCAACUUGGAAUUGACAAGGCUGUGCCAAAACGAAUCCUCGAAUUGAUGAAUGUUCCUGGCUUAACUAGGGAGAAUGUUGCAAGUCAUUUGCAGAAAUUUAGGUUGUAUUUGAAGAGAUUAAGUGGAGUAGCUCAGCAGCAAGGUGGGAUAUCUAGUUCAUUCUGCGGACCUGGAGAGCCAAAUGUCAAGUUGGGGCCCCUGGGAAGAUUUGAUAUCCAAGCUUUGGCAGCCUCUGGUCAAAUUCCUCCACAGACAUUAGCAGCACUGCAAUCUGAGCUUUUGGGUCGACCAACAAGCAACCUAGUGUUACCGUCAUUUGAUCAGCCAACUCUCUUACAAACUUCCCUGCAGGGAUCCAAGUGUCUUCCUGUUGAACAUGGUGUGGCAUUUGGUCAGCCUCUGAUUAAAUGCCCAUCUAAUGUCUCCAAGCAGUAUCAACAGUCCAUUCUAUCGACUCAGGAUGCUCCUUCGGGAUUUGGACCAUGGCAGGCUACUAGCCUUAGUAUGGUUGGAAACAAUAACAUUGUCGCAGGGUCAAGUAUUCAGAGUAAUAACACUUUGAUGGAUAUAUUUCAAAGACAGCAGCAUCACUAUCAGCAAAAGCAGCAAUUACAGCAACAGCAGCAGCAACAACAACAACAACUACCACAACAGCCUCUCCCAGAGCCUAGCCGUUUAAUUAAUGUGCAACCAUCUUGUCUCGUUGUUCCCCAGUCAUCAGCUGGUUUUCAAGCAGCGGGUAGUCCUGCUUCUGUAAACCAGAGUUCCACCUUCAAUAGAAGUACUGUCAUUGACUACAGUCUUCCAUCAUACCAAGGCAAUACUGCUUUAAAUAAUGGUCUGUCCUCGGAUAAAGAUCUCAAAACCUCUGGUGUACUUAGUGGUUACUCUGUACAAGGUUCCAUAUCACCGACUUUGUCAUCUAGUUCGGCGAAUGCUGACAGUAGCAAUAGCUGCCAACUUCGGAAUCCAUCUGCAAAAUAUAACAUCAUUGGACAAGCACCAGGUGCUGUUUCUAAUUUUUGCAAUAUCCAGGGUUCUUACGAUGCUAAGUCAGGUGAAGCCAUUGAUCAAGGACCGCUAAAGAAUCUAGGAUUUGUUGGUAAGGGAUCAGGCACCCCAAGUUUCUUCACAGUUGAUGAAUAUGGACCACAAUUGAAACACAUAUACAGUGGAAAGGUCCAUCUGGAGAAUGGUGCGAGUAGAGUCAAACAAGAACCGAGCUUUGACUUUGUGGAUGCAAAAGUGUCUAUCCCAGUAUUGGAGCAACUUUCUUCGAAUGAUCUUAUGAGCGUUUUCACGGACUAGGAUACCUCUGCUGCUUGAUUGGUUUGGAGGCUCCGUUCCAUUUGAUCGAGAAGCACAGAUUUAUCCACUUCUUGGGGUGGAGCGGAUUCUGGUUCGACACUGUAAUGUUUUCUUCUAGAGAUUUUACUAAUUGUUCCCGAACCACGUGUAUAAAUGCAUUUCAUUAAACUUAUGGGUAGUUCUGAGGUCAAAAUAAGUUGUAUUUAAUAUUUAGGGGCUUGGUUUCACCUCUUGGUGUCACAUUUGACUGAUGUGUAGUCAUUUGGACUAGGAUGUCAAUAUCCAUUUAUUCAUUGUCC